AGUGAAACUACCACAAUGCAUUCGAAUCGACGCCAACCUUGAGAAAUGCUCACAGAAAGCUUUAUUGCAGCGACAUUGACCGCGAAUAAAGCCGUAGCACAUGCCAGCGCCGCCUUGAAAGAUGUAGGCAUUUUCCUUCAUGAGUUUCAACCUCAACGCGUGUUGCGGCAUGGCUUCAAGAAGAGUUCCAGUCAACCAGGCUGUGUGGCAAUCAGUGACUCGCACAUCUUCGCGGCUCAGGCAGACAAAGCAGUUGUGAACGUCUAUAGUCGAGAAAGAGCCAAUCAAGAAGCCACUGUCCCGUUCCCUGAGCGGGUAUCCAGCCUCGCCUAUGCCCGCGAGGCAGAAAUCUUGGUUCUAGGGACCGAAGGAGGGAGAUUGAUUCUAUGGGAAGUUGCAACAGGCAGAGUGACAAACUCGGCGGCCUCUCAUCUUCAGGCGGUCUCGUGUCUUUGCAUCACCCCUCGGAACGAAUACAUCCUUUCUGGCGCUGCUGACUCGAGUAUUCACGUUUGGUCGCUAGCUAAACUAGUCUCCUUCGCGCAAUCAUCAGAUAGCUAUGAAGAUGACGGUGCGUCAAAUGCUCCUAUCGAGACAUUUUCCAGUCACCGAACCGCCAUCAGUGCAUUGAUCUGUGGCCACUCUAGCAUCACCACGAAUUUUGCAGUUUCAGCUUCCAACGAUGGGACUUGCCACAUCUGGCAUAUCCAAUCAUGUCAAGCGUUGCGGACUCUAUUGCUACCCUCCUACGCCGUUUCCAUCACGCUUGACCCGGCGGACAGAGCCAUAUAUUUCGGAUGCGAGAAUGGAAGGAUCCAAUCCUAUGACAUCUUUCAAAAGGUCCCCACCACCAAUAUUUCAUUGUCUAGCCCUUCGAUUACAGCAGCCAUACAGCUUGUGGACAAAGACAGUUGGAAGACCCCAUCCGCCGAUGUUGGAACAGCGAAUUGUGUCACACUAUCCUAUGACGGGACAUCCCUCCUCUCUGGCCAUGCCAACGGGACCGUCAUCCGGUGGGAUGUUGCUAAGCGUCGAAUUCUACAAGAGCUCACGAAUUUCGGUCAACCAAUCACCAAUAUUGAGAUGCUCAAGCCUGAAGGGUUUCUGAAUGUGAAAAGAUCCGGGUAUACGAUCUCAAGCGUUGUGAAGCCCAAUCUUGAGUUCACCUCGAUGAAGGACAACGGUACCUGCGGCGUCCCUGCGAAAUAUGGCCUCCAUGUCACGAUCACUGCCCAAAGAAGCCUAUCCGAACAUGAUGAAUUCGAACAAGCUGUCACCGGUCCCGGACUCCCACAAUCCAUGCUAGAUGCAGCCAUCCGCUCUUUGUCAAUGGGGAACAGCGCUACCCAAGUCUCGCUUCCGGCAGAUACCGCCGAGAUAUCGAAAGCAGAAAGACUCGAAGAAGAAGUCUCCAAAUUGAAGCAGCAACUCGCCGUCCUGCACGACCUGGAAGAAAAACGAAGGGAAAGGAAGCUUACGAGGAUGGGCAAGCGGGAUGAAUUGGCGGUGAAGAAGAGAGAAGCGUAUUUUGAAGCCAAAAGGCGAGGAAAAGAUGGAGAUGCAGCGAUGAAAAAGUGGGAGAAGACAGAGGCAGAACUUGAUCGUGAGAGCGACGAGGAAGAUCUUGGGGACGGGGAAGAGAUGGAUAUCGGCUGAAAGAAGAAGUUGAAUGGCUUCUCUCACUACAAGUCGGGGAAGAUCCUCAAAGAAUAGCAACAGAAUAGCAACGACCCCAGCGCCCUCGUCAGAAAUGGUGGAACAGGCGCAGUCUCACCGCCACCACUCGAAUGCGGCCACAGUCACAUCAUCUCCUAUUGAAAGUCAACGAAAUCGGAGACAAUGCGCCGAUCCCUCUCAGCCUCAAUCUCAACCCUGUUCAAAUCCAAUUGAUACGAUGACAAAGGCGCUGACCCUCUUUGGACGGUAUAUGUGAACAAGCACACAGUGGAAAUGGGUUGCUCCGCCUCACAUCGCAGGCCGGACAUGAUGCUGUGCCACUAGGAGGUUUGCAGUAAGCGGUCCCCCCUUUCCUCGCGGCAGAUGUCUAUCCAAGCAAAGACCGAGUGGCGCAAUUCAGUCGGCAUUUGCGCCAUAGAUCACAAGUGCUCGUUUUCUGCCCAGAGGCAGUGUAUAUUCUCGAGUAGAACAAGCUAUGGUUUAGACCGUUGCGAUUAUGGAGUGGGGUGGGAGAAAGACCAAAACGCAUCUCGUGCGGAAGUCAUCAAGGUAACGGCACAAACAAUUUUGCCAGAGCAGAGAAAAUGAGCAUUCAUAUCAAGCCAUCUAGAUAAUCCGGAACUCAGAGGCGUAGCACUACAAUUCACUGGGUGACAUAACCCCGAGAGCAUCAUCAGACAUUCUGCGUAACCCCAGGCUGGAUCUUCU